AUGAGACGGCUCAACGAUGCAAUCGAGUCGAGCGCGAAUCAAGUGAAGGGCCUGCGAGCUCAAGUACAUGGAUUUUCUCACGCAAACCGAAUCAUGAAGCUGGAUGAUCUCACUACGACAUACGAAAGGGAGAAGCCAUCGACGCAAACCAACGCCGAUAAUCCAGCAAAUGUUCCCUUCGACCCCCAUACGAUCAAACCUACCAGAUGGCCACGAGACCCAGGGUUCGUUGACUACUGGCCCAAGUACAAACAAAAUCUCCACGAGCUGGAUAGAUACUUUGCAGGGUACAUGUCACAGAAACAGAAAGGCACGGAAAAUAUCAACCGCUACGACCCUUCCAAGAACGUCACUCACCCGCCAACGCCAGACGGGCUCACGCUCCCCAUGCUGCUCGCCAACCAAACCCAUCUGGGCCACGCCACGUCUCUGUGGAACCCCGCCAACAGCAGCUACAUCACUGGCGUGCGAGACGGAAUCCACAUCAUUUCUCUUGACAUCACGUACGCAUACCUCAAACGGGCGGCGAAAGUCAUACAAGAAGUCGCGAAGCGCGGCGGGAUCAUCCUGUUCGUAGGCACAAGAGACGGGAUGCGCGACAUCAUCGUCCGGGCCGCCAAGGAAGCCCAAGGCUAUCACAUCUUCGAUCGCUGGGUGCCGGGCACACUGACGAACGGACAACAGAUCCUAGGUCGAUGUGCGGUGCAAGUGGUGGAUCGGCAUGACAAGAAGAUCGACCAGUACGACGACAUGCUGUCGCAGGGCCGCCACCAGGUGAUGCGGCCGGACCUGGUGGUGUGCUUGAACCCCCUCGAAAACGAAGUCCUGCUGCACGAGUGUGGCCUCUUCACCAUCCCGACCAUCGGCAUCAUCGACACCGACGCGAACCCGACCUGGGUUACGUAUCCCAUUCCCGCAAACGAUGACUCACUCCGGUCUGUCGCCUUGAUCGCGGGACUGCUGGCCCACGCCGCAAAGGAGGGACAGAGGCAACGUAUAGAAGCGGCCGAGGCCGGCAAGACCACGUACCAGCUUGAUCACGUCAAGCAUGCCCUAGACAGGGCCCAGACCCUGGUCGAGAUCGAUGUCCAGGAGAACCCGAACAACGACCAGAAGCAGGCCACAGAGGCUGCAGCCCAGGCGUAA